CUUUAAAUUUGCGCUCCUCAUGGCCACUCUUUCCCUCAUGCUCGCUGCAGCUUUGAUCUCUUAACAACAGGAACGUCAUUGCUCAAGCACUGAAGGGGAGUUUUUAUCGAAGGGCAGAGUCUGGUUACCUCUAGAGGGCUUCGACGGCAGUAGCUGCAGGCAGCAUCCACGGAACUUCUACGAGGAGCGCACAGUCGGUCUCUAUCAGCCCCCAAACUUCAGCGAUUGUCUUAGGAAUGGAACACCAGCUUCUUUGCUGCGAAGUGGAGACUAUUAGGAGAGCGUACCAAGAUACGAAUUUGCUCAAUGACAGAGUUCUACAAGCAAUGCUCAAAGCUGAAGACAAUUACCUUCCUGCCACGAACUACUUAAAAUGUGUUCAAAAAGAAAUUGUGCCUUACAUGAGGAGAAUUGUUGCCACAUGGAUGCUUGAGGUCUGUGAAGAACAGAAAUGCGAAGAGGAGGUUUUUCCCUUGGCUAUGAAUUACUUGGACAGAUUUUUGUCCGUUGAGCCGACAAAGAAAACAAGAUUACAGUUACUGGGAGCCACUUGCAUGUUUUUGGCAUCAAAAAUGAAGGAAACCAUUCCUUUAACAGCUGAGAAGUUGUGUAUAUACACCGACAAUUCAAUCCGACCUGGCGAGUUACUGCAAAUGGAGCUACUUGUGCUGAACAAGCUGAAAUGGGAUCUAGCGUCAGUCACUCCACACGAUUUCAUUGAACAUUUCCUCUCCAAACUUCCCAUUCAUCAGGACACCAAGAAAAUCCUUCGCAAACAUGCUCAGACCUUUGUGGCCCUCUGUGCUACAGACGUUAAGUUCAUCGCAAACCCACCCUCUAUGAUUGCUGCUGGGAGCGUGGCGGCUGCCGUACAGGGCCUCCACCUGAAGAGCCUGGACGUGUCACUCACCUCCCAGAACCUCACAGAGCUGCUGUCACAGAUCAUCAAGAGUGAUCCGGACUGCCUCCGGGCCUGUCAGGAGCAGAUCGAGUCCUUGCUGGAGACGAGUCUGCGGCAGGCGCAGCAGCAGCACGCCGGCUCCACAGAGACGAAGAGCAUGGAGGAGGAGGUGGACCUCUCCUGCACCCCGACGGACGUGCGAGAUGUGAACAUUUGAGUGGGGAGGAUGAGAGGCCGUGCGACGAUUCGGCGAGAGGCUUUUUCAGGAAGAGAGGGAGAGACGGAGGAGGAUGAUGCUUUGCGGUCACUCAGCACCCCUGUACUCCCACGGACGCUCUAGUGCUCGCGGCAUAGUGCUUGACCCCCCCCCUCCCCACACACACCCCCAAGCCCCCCCACCCCCCACCCCCCCCUGGGGGGCCAAGAGAAGGGAUCAAUGCUUUGCUCACAUGCGGUCACUUUGGCUCUUUUUCCCCUCAAUCCAGUUUAUGGAAACAUAAAUUGGGCAAAAUCAAUUGACUGUUUUGUUUUUCACAAUAAUCUUGAGAGAACUACCGAAAUAGAAUAUUGUCUGCCAUACAGAUCCGCAUCAUAUGAAAUCUUAUGUGCGUUGUAGACCUUAUUUUGGAAUCAGGCUGCACAGAAAUUAUUUGACAAUUUCAAAAAGCUAACAUAACUAAAAAAAAAGUUUACUGAGGACAUCUGUUCAAUGACAGAAAUGUUUUUGAAGAGUCAGAUGCCUCAUAGCUAAGGCAGGCGGUCCACCCAGGCCAAAGCCAAGGCCUUGAUCUGCAUUAAACCAAACAAGAAGGGUCUCAACUGGACAGAUAUUUAAUGUAGUGAGUAUGUUACCUAGGUGUUGACUUCCUGAUUGUCAUCACUACAUUUAAUUUGUAAAUUUGAAGGCUGUAAAUUGGUCGUGUGAUCCAUACAGCUAAAAACCUUUGUAUGAUGACAAUAGGCACACUAUUGAGGUUCAGUUUAUCAAAAAUGGACAGAGUAGUGCAGGUGUAUUGUGCACAGUAUGCAGAGUAACUUUGAAAGACCAUUUUAAAAUAUUGUCAUUAUUGCAAGCCUCCUCUCCAAGGGUAACCAGUCGUCCAUGUUACUAUGCUGUCUUAUGUUUUCUAAAACCAUUCCACCUAAAAGCACUUUUCAGUCAAUAAUGCAUUACUGACUAUUUUGAGUACAGCAUAGAAAACCAGUACAUGGAAUGGUGGAAAAUACUGGCAAUUUGCAAUGCAGAGCUAAUCUAACCUCUGUGGUUUCAGGAAAGGCAUGACAGCAGAGUGAGACAUUUUUUUAAACUGCCUGUCCAGCUCUAGAGAGUAAGACUCAGCAUUUAUAUCCUAAUGUUUAAAACAAAACAACAAAAAAAAAAGCUAUCUGGGUCUUAGUCAGACACGAUGAUGACCUCACAGUGUACAUUGUUUCACGUUUCAUGACACACGUUCACGACCAUUGCAUUCUCUGUUGCUUGAAUUGCAUCUGAAGCAUAUUGAAACACUAGAAUAAUGUAAUUUAUAGUUAUAUUAAGCGUUAAUGACUAUUUAUUGCAAAACAUAUUCUCUUUUCAAGGCCAGUGUGGAUUAUGACAGAAUGGUUAGUCUCUAUGAUUAUUUAAACCUGUUCAGUGCACAAUUGCUAACAAACUAGUCAUAGAUAGAGUUGUUGACGUAAUGCAAUAAGUACUCAGUUGUAUGGCCUCGGAAAGAGUCUUUUUCUCUCACUUGUUUUUAAAACCAUAAAACCAUGAUGAAUCAGUGUACAUCGGAAAUUCGAAGAGGAAAAAUGACUAAGUGUUACCCAUUUUUCAACUGUACAAUUGAUAAGGUUAUUAGAUGAUUUUGCACAAACUCAAAGAUGUCUGCUGCCAUUUGUCGGAGGGCAGUGAAAGAUACAAUUUGUGGGAAAUAACUGAAAAAUGAGUUGCUGAGGGAGAAUCGAACUGAUGGCAUGAAGUAAGAGAAAAAGUGCCGAAUCAUUGAGUGAUUGUACAGUUAAAAAGCAAGAAAGGUGGAACGAACACUCCUUAUACUGAGCUGCUAUGGAGGUAUUCCCAGCAAAUAUUGAUGACUUUAAAAGAAAAAAGAAAAAUGCUUUUUUCUCUUAUAAAACUGUUUGCUGCUAUUUUGUGAAUAUGUUUUUAUUACAGUGUCAAUAUACUGCCAUGUAAUAGGUUUUAAUUUUCUCAUAGAAAAUGAUAUUAUUGACAUCGUUGUUUUGUAGUGUGUUUUUAUGUGAUAUGCAUUUUUUUUUCCUUAAUGUGAUAUGCGCGCUAUUCCAAAAAAAAGGAAAAAAGAAAGAAAAAUAGAAAAAGUUCCUGUUUUUUCCACUAUACCUCAUGACUAUUUACAGGAUUUUUGUUCAUUUAGUCCAGGUUUUCCUUUCCUCCUGACUUUUUAUUUUGUCAGUUUAUUUCCAUGUAGAUGUUUUGAAAUUGAGCUAAAUGAAAACCAUGUAUCCGAAUGGGUCCUGCAGGGAGUUGGUUGAGGCAGAGUGUAAUUGGUGCCAUUGAUUAUUGAACUCUUCGAGUUGCUAACUGUUUCAUUGAAAGAGACUGUAAUGCCCCAUUAGGCCGAUAAUGGCCCAUGUAUAUAUUUAUAAAGUUUUUUUCUGUUUUGUACAAAUUGAAAAUAUAUAUUAUAGAUUUUAAAAAAUGGCAGGUCUUCUCAUGAAGCCAUAGUUUUUGUUUUUCCUGGUAAUUCUACAACACCAUCCUUAUUUUGAUGUACUUCGAGUACUCCGUUUGUAAUGGCAGGUAUUUGGCAUUUUUCAAUCAAGUGUAUCAACUGCACAAUAAACAAAAACACAAUAUGACCAAGACUAUUUGCAUUGUCUCUCCCAAACUGAAACCAAAAGUCGAUUAGACCACUUGAAUUGGCAUUUUAUCUUAUCCCAUAUAAGGCUAUUCAGGAAACUGAAGUGAUAGAAAAGCCUUGAGCACAGGAUUACUGUAGCUUCCCUCAGCUUCUGUUAGUGUAGAGAUAUGCCUCCCAUAGUUCCCUUUUACAGUGCUGCUAUUCAGGCCACAUGCAGUCCAAUUGGAGUAGAGGGCAGAGUUCAUGAUCUUUUUUUCUUUUGUGCUGCUUGCAAACCCAGGACCCAGAAGGAUGAGUCAUUUGUUUUCUAUCACGACCAGCAAUUACGUUUUUAAAAAAAAAAAAAAUAUUUUUAUUUGUCUGUUUGUUUGGUAUUUUACCUCAGAGACAUCUACAUGACUUUACUGAUAAAAGAAACCCAUUCAGUUUCUUGGUAACAGAGGGCACAUGUUCUCUGAUGUCUCUGAAGUAGAGAUGAUUGGUUGUCAGGCUUUGAUUUGCUUGAGUGUCAGGCACGUCUUACACAGUGACAUCAGGUUGGAGACUGUGUACAGACUGCUAGUGUCAUUGAAGAUGGUAGUGAUAAGCUAAUGGGGAGGCAGACAGGCCAACUGUAAAGAUUGCUUUGUGAUUUUAUGACUUUGGUUUGGUCUGAAAUGCACAUUACUCCAAAUUUGUGCGCAAUACAGUAUGUUUAAAACAUCAUUUUAAGGUAAAAUAAAAUGGAAAAAAUUUAAUUCAA